AUGGUUCUCUAUAAAUUAAGACAAUUUGAGCAAGCAAAUUCGUCAAAACUGGUCAAUCCAACAGAGAGGCUAAAAUUUGACCCGCUGUCUGUUGUCACACUCCAUCCUGGUAGUAUCCAACCCCACUUCCUUAGGAUGGAGCAGACUACACCUGACAGCAAUGUUCCGACGGGCCAUAUCAGGAUUGGGCACAAAGAAAGUGAAGAGGAAGGGGAUGGUAGUAGUGAUUCGGAGCAUGAGGAGGAUAUUGAUGAACAAUCCCAACAUCCUCAUGGGGUUGAUAUUGCUGCUGAUGACUCUGAGUCAACUGAGAAAGAAGCCAGCUCUGCUGUAGAUGAUUUUGAUGAGGAAGCUGAUGUUGCAAGAAAAGUUCUGAAGAACUUGUUUUCAUCAUCUUCUAAAGAAACACCUUCUCUCAGUGAUGAUUCCACACUACCCAGGAAAAACAAGGGUGAUGAAACCGUCAUUUUACCUGACAAGCCAUCUGAUGGAAUACAUGUUACAAAAUCUGAAAACUCCAGCGAAAACNAUUCCACACUACCCAGGAAAAACAAGGGUGAUGAAACCGUCAUUUUACCUGACAAGUCAUCUGAUGGAAUACAUGUUACAAAAUCUGAAAACUCCAGCGAAAUCCAACUAAGAAACCUUAAAUCGGUGGAAGGAGAAGAUGAUCUUCUGAGAACAAUUUUCAUAAACAAUCUUCCUUUUGGUAUAGAUAGUGAAGAAGUGAAACAAUGUUUCUCUCGAUUUGGUGAAGUGCAUUCCUUUAUUCCAGUUCUCCAUCAAGUCACGAAGCGACCAAGAGGAACUGGAUUUCUCAAGUUUAAGAUAAUGGAUGCUGCUGAUGCUGCAUGUUCAGCAGCCAAUGCCGUAGCUGGUUUGGGUAUCUUUCUCAAAGGUAGACAAUUGAAAGUUUUCAAGGCUUUGGACAAGAAAGCAGCUCAUGAGAAGGAGCUGGAAAAGACAAAAAAGGACCAUGACCAUCGCAACCUUUACCUGGCAAAGGAAGGUCUUAUUGUUGAGGGCACUCCAGCCGCUGAAGGAGUUUCAGCUACCGAUAUGUCAAAACGCCAAAUGUUGGAAAGGCAAAAGAUGACUAAGCUUCAGUCUCCCAAUUUUCAUGUUUCAAGGAUGAGACUCAUCAUAUACAAUUUACCAAAGUCAAUGGAUGAAAAGGUUCUUAGAAAACUUUGUAUAGAUGCAGUUACCUCUCGAGCUACUAAGCAAAAACCUGUAAUUCGACAGAUAAAGAUUUUGAAGGAUACUAAAAAAGGAACAGUAGUCGCGAAAAAUCAUUCUCGGGGAGUCGCUUUUGUUGAGUUUACAGAGCAUCAACAUGCACUUGUGGCUCUGAGAGUUCUCAACAACAACCCUGAAACUUUUGGUCCUGAGCAUCGCCCGAUUGUGGAAUUUGCUCUUGAUAAUGUCCAAACUCUAAAGCUCCGUAAAAAUAAUCUCCAAGCUCAGCAGCAGGGCUCUCAUACUAAUGCAGCUGAUAUGCGGCUAGAUGAUGACUCACCUACACUUAUUGGCCAUCCAAACAUGAAGUUGAGAAAACGCCAAUCUAGAGGUGACACCACAUUAUCGAAGACUUCAGGUACUAAAAAAGACGGUGAAGUGGAAAACAGAGCACUUGAAGUUGCUGCCACUGAAGAAGGCAGAAGUAUCAAGAAACAGAGGAGUUCUUUGAGAAGGGAAAGGAAAAAUGGGUUUUCAACGAAGGAAAACCUACAAGACUCAAAAGAGAAGCUGAAGAAUUGGAAUCAAGGAAGCAAGCUUGAUGGUGGAGAACCACUCCGAGUUGAAAGUAUGGCCAUUAGUUCACGAAAGGCUAGAGUUUUAGAGGAAGCAGAUGUGCAAAAGAAAAAGAGGAAAUUGCAAGAUCAAACAGAACAGAAGGUGGCGAUUAGUUCAAAGAAAAUGAAGACGACCAAAAAAAACAAAGACCCUUUGGGCCGAGAUGCGGUGGAUAAACUUGACAUGUUGAUUGAACAAUAUAGAUCAAAGCUAUCACAGCAUAGUUCCAACAAAAGUGAUGGUGAAAAGCAAGGGUCUAGACAGCUUCGAAGUCCAUGGCGAAAGCCCGGGCCGUUCGGCGAACGUUGGACUCCUACUCCUAUUCCGUCAAAGGCAUCACCAAAAUCAUUCGACUCCAUGGCGAAAGCCCGAGCCGUUCGGCGAACAUUGGACUCCUACUCCUAUUCCGUCAAAGGCAUCACCAAAAUCAUUCGACCUGGCGAUUGUGUGUUGAUGAGACCGUCCGAUUCAUCAAAGCCGUCGUACGUUGCCAGAGUAGAGCAGAUCGAGUCGGACAGUAGAGGAGCCAACGUUAAGGUUCACGUCCGGUGGUAUUACCGGCCGGAGGAAUCGAUCGGGGGCCGGAGACAGUUUCACGGUUCCAAGGAGGUCUUUUUGUCCGAUCACUAUGAUAUUCAGAGCGCUGAUACAAUAGAAGGGAAGUGUACGGUGCACAGUUUCAAGAGCUAUACGAAACUUGAUUCUGUUGGCAACGACGAUUUCUUCUGCCGUUUCGAGUACAAUUCGUCCACCGGAGCGUUCAAUCCCGAUAGAGUAGCCGUGUACUGUAAAUGUGAGAUGCCUUACAAUCCUGAUGACCUAAUGGUUCAGUGUGAAGGCUGCUCUGAUUGGUUUCAUCCUACUUGUAUAGACCUAACCCCAGAGGAAGCCCAAAGACUUGAGCACUUCUUUUGCCACACUUGUUCUUCUGACGGCAAAAAAAAAUUGCAUUCUCUUUCUGCUUCCAGAACCUCAGAUACUAAGGUGGAUACAAAACGCCGUAGGAGGUGACACAUACUAAAUUGGAGGGAUUCAAGUACUCUACUAGGAAGCAAGCAAGCAAACACGGAGGCAAAUGAGAUAUGCAUCACAAGCAACAGUAUUUGCCAGCUGAUGUGAUAGGGAAACUGGUUUAAAAACUCUGACCGUCUAUUUGGUUUCUUUUGGGACAAGUCAGCCUUUUUUCCUUUAGAAGGUUGAGGAUGUGUUUGGUUGUCUGUAUUUAUCUAAUGGUAGAUUUUUCCUUCUUGCACCUUUUAUCGGAUUUUCUCUGUAUUAUGUGAAUCAUUCUCCAUAAAUAUAAAAGUAAUAUGUAAAGGG